CACGCUCGAAGUAAGCAGCAAUGGCAGCUGGUGAUAAAACAAACCCAAGAGUUUACCUCUUUAAAGACGAUUAUGAUAUGAUUCAAGAGCUUGUUCGCUGUCGCCCGACAAGAAACACAGGCGGAGAUCUGUUUGGUCUGUGGACAAACGACGGUGAACCUGUUCUUCACAUAGUUACUGGCCAGGGAAUAGAAACUGUCAGUUCUUUGUUCUCAUCAAAUAACGCUUCCAACGACUCGAGAAUUAAGGAUCUUGGCGCCAGACUGAGAGAUAAGUUCCGCUUGAGUUAUUUAGGAAAAUGGCAGUAUAUGCCUCGUUCAGAGCCAACUGAAGCGGAAAUAAUAGCGAAGGUUGACCAAAACACGCUCUUUAAAGGGACUGGAAUGAAGUAUUUUCUACUCAUACUGGCAAGUUAUGAUGGUCAGUCAUCAAAAGUGGAACUAAAUCCGUAUUUUCUAUCGCAAUUUUCAACAACAAAGAGAGGAGAAAUGGCAGAUGCACUUCCUAGACGUAGUAUAUUCAGAGAAGAUGACGACAUAGCAAAUAUUGUUGACUCCCUCAUCGAUCGAAAAGGAGCCAUGAAAGGAGAGAAACUUACUGACAAGGACGACCGAUGUGAAGACACCGAUCACGGUGAAAGACAAUCAUGUUCUGACUUGGCAAUCCCUGACUUUUACAGAUUCGAGACGGGCUUUGCAUGCAACCCGCGUGAAUUAAAGGUAUACCUUUUCGAAGAAGACUACGAGAUGAUGAAAGACCUUGUUCUCCGUUACCCUAACGUUGAGACCGGCGGAGAUCUUUUUGGUCUGUGGACAUCUGAUGGCGAUGCAGUGCUUCAUAUGGUACUAGGCCCUGGUGAGAACUGCAAGAGGACAGCAACUUCAUUCUAUCAAGAUAUUCCUUACCUCCAGGAAAAAGGCGAGUUGCUAACUACAAAGUACAUGCUGUGUCACAUUGGGGAAUGGCACUCACAUCACCAACUGCACCUUUACGAGCCAAGUCAUGGCGACUCGUCCACUGUCAUCAGACAUUAUCCCCACGGGACAUGUGGCUUUCUUUUGAUCAUUGCCAACAUUUUGUCACCAGACACUGUGCAUCUGUCGCCUUACCUUUACACGGCAAGAUCACAAUAUGAUUUUUAUCAAAAAGGACAACUAGUUCUCUUAUCUUCACGGAAUGCCUUCAAAAAAGCUACAGAAAUUGCUCGAACAAUAAGCGAAGGACAAGAAACAUGGUCAAAUUUCCAAAGUGGUAUGAAUCAGUAUUCCCCUUACAAUCGCUUACCUCAAAUGCCAAGGACUUCCGAUCAGUUCAACGCUCGAGGAAUAAGCGAAGGAAGAGGACAAGGCUCAAAUUUCCAAAGUGGUAUGGCCCAGUACUCCCAACAUCCUUGCAUACCUCAAAUAGCAGAGGCUUCCUCUCAGUCCACUGAAUCACGCAUGGAAUCAAGCAAUGACAAUAACGAUGAACUGAUGGAACUAGAUUAA